CCCGCCCGCUCAGCCCAAUGCUCCUCUUCGGGCUCCUCCUGCUGACAUCCGCCCUGGCCGGCCAGAGACCUGGGACCCGGGCUGAGUCCAACCUGAGCAGCAAACUCCAGCUCGCCAGCAACAAGGAGCAGAACGGUGUACAAGAUCCCCAGCAUGAGAGAAUUAUUACUGUGUCUACUAAUGGAAGUAUUCACAGCCCAAGGUUUCCUCACACUUAUCCAAGAAAUAUGGACUUGGUAUGGAGAUUAGUAGCAGUAGAAGAAAAUGUGUGGAUACAGCUCACAUUUGAUGAGAGAUUUGGGCUUGAAGACCCAGAAGAUGACAUAUGCAAGUAUGAUUUUGUAGAGGUUGAAGAACCAAGUGAUGGAACCAUUUUAGGGCGCUGGUGUGGGUCUGGCAGUGUGCCAGGAAAGCAAAUUUCUAAAGGAAAUCAAAUCAGGAUCAGAUUUGUAUCUGAUGAGUAUUUUCCCUCGGAGCCCGGGUUCUGCAUCCACUACAACAUUGUCAUGCCACAGCUCACAGAAACCGUGAGUCCUUCCUCGCUGCCCGCCUCAGCCUUGCCACUGGACCUCCUGAAUAAUGCCGUCACUGCCUUUAGUACCUUGGAAGACCUCAUUCGGUAUCUUGAACCAGACAGAUGGCAGUUAGACUUAGAAGAUCUCUACAGGCCCACUUCUUUGCAACUGCUGGGCAAGAAUUUCGUGUUUGGAAGAAAAUCCAGAGUGGUGGACCUGAACCUGCUGAAGGAGGAGGUGCGGCUCUAUAGCUGCACACCCCGCAACUUCUCCGUGUCCGUCCGGGAGGAGCUGAAGAGGACCGACACCAUCUUCUGGCCCGGCUGCCUCCUGGUGAAGCGCUGCGGCGGGAACUGCGCUUGCUGCCUUCACACCUGCAGCGAGUGUCAGUGUGUUCCCAGCAAGGUCACCAAGAAGUACCACGAGGUCCUUCAGUUGAGACCCAAGACAGGCGUCCGGGGGCUGCAUAAGUCACUCACGGACGUGGCCCUCGAGCACCAUGAGGAAUGUGACUGCGUGUGCAGGGGGAGCCCUGGGGGAUAAUGCCUCGCAGUGGCUCAGGGCUGCCUCUGCGACAGAACUCGUGCCUUAUCUCCAUCCACAGUCCCGGCUGUUGGCUCCAGGGCCCUUUCAUCUUCAGGAUUUACAGCGUGUUCUGAGAGAGGAGACACCAGGCAGAAUUAGGGGUUGUGCAACGGCCCUUUGGAGAUGAGGCCCCACGACAAGAGGAACGUCCUCUCGGGAAAGGAAUGAACCUUGUAGAUUUCUAGUUAGUUGCAAAGUCCCUGUGAGCACCCUCGGCUGCACUGUGUCUCUUGUCUGGAUGUGGCCUAGGUUCAUGUCAGCACAGGAAACGCUGCCUGUGAGCCCCUGGUUCUGUCGCCUUGCUUAACUCUAAGCCCCGUGCUCUGGGGCUCAAAUCACAGAAAUCUCGGAUUGUUUCUUCUAAUCACAUGUAUAAGAGUGUUCUAAGUUCUACCAACAUGGGUUUUAAAAAGGAACUGUGUUGCCAUGAAUUAAACUUGUCGUGCUGAUAGGAGAGACUGGAUUUUCCAUAUUUCUUAAUCAGAUUUCUACCAUUUAGAAGAAGAGACCUCCAUGCAUGGUUUGGAACAGACAAACCUGAGAAGAGUGGCCUUAUCUUCACUUUAUAAGUUGGUUUAUUUGUUUUAUUGUGUACAUUUUUUAUAGUCUCCUUUUGACAUUAUAACUGUUUGCUUUUCUAAUCUUGUUAAAUAUAUCUAUUUUUACCAAAGGUAUUUAAUAUUCUUUUUUAUGACAACCUAGAUCAACUAUUUUUAGCUUGGUAAAAUUUUCUAAACAGAAUUGUUAUAGCCAGAGGGACAAAGAUGAUAUAAAAUAUUGUUGCUCUGACAAAAAUACAUGUAUUUCCUUCUUGUAUGGUGCUAGAGCUUAGAUCAGUCUACUUUUUCAAAUAUUAAUUGGGAAAUGGAUAGAAUUUGGUAAGUUGCAAAGACUAUUGGAAAGUAAAUAAUUAUGUCUUCAACUCCUCUUAUUGAGAUGAAAGUAAAAAGCAGAAUACCCCCAGAGGCAUCCAGGUCCAGGCGUUACUAACCUCUAACCCUUAUUUAGGAAAAUGUGAGCCCAGCUCAGAAGAUCAUAAAGCACCUUGAGAAUAAGAGACUUGACAACCGCCUGACAAAGCAUGUUUGGCUGUCCUAUAGGAACACAUCCUAUUUAUUGUGAUGUUCUGGUUAGAUUAUCUUUAAACUCUGUUCCAUACACUUGUAUAAAUACAUGAAUAUUUUUAUGUACAGAAGUAUAUCCUUUAAUCAAUUCACUUAUUGUACUCUUUGGCAAUUGAAAAGAAAAUCAGUCAAAUCCUUUGCUUGUACAAUGCUGAAUCUUGUGCCUAGGUUAUGUGGUGACUAUUGGAAUUAAAAAUGUAUUGAAUCACCAAAUAAAAGAAUGCAGCUAUUUUGGGGAGAAA